GAGCAGGGACGCACAAAGUACGAUCGGUCUGCGUCUUUGGACGCAUGACUCAGUGCUCUGGUAACUCAAAGUAAGCAAUAAUACAACCCCAAGUGUUUACAAACAAGCGCCGCACGGAACAUAUUCGAUGAAUCCGCAAGACGGACAGAUGACCGCACCUCGUUAGGCCGUAAUGAUGACGCACGCGCGCGCACGCGCACCCACGAGGCCGAAGACUCGAGUGGCGUUCGUCAGAAGUGUUGCUCGUCAUUCCCGAGCCGAUCGGUCAGACACAAGGAAGUCAAGCGAGCGGAUUUCGAAAAUUAAACUACUGAGCGGGACCGCGAGCUCAAUAGCGACCACAAAACAAUGGACACCACCCGAAGCGUCCUCAACAGGACAGCAGGGGGCGCCGGGAAGGCCGGAGCCACCAUCCUCUUCUCCCUCAAGAACGAAGUCGGCGGUCUGGUCAAGGCUCUCAGGACUUUCCAGGAAAAACACGUCAACCUGGUUCACAUCGAGUCCCGCAAGUCCAAGCGCAGGAAUUCCGACUUUGAGAUCUUCGUGGCCUGUGACAGCGAUCACCAUCAGCUCAGAGAGUUGACGCAGCUUCUGGCCCAGCACGCCAACGUGGUAGAGAUAACGUCGCAAAGCCACGCCGGCAGCGCCGCCGCCUCACAGAGACCUGACGACGAGUGGGACGUUCCCUGGUUCCCCAAGAAGAUUUCGGAUCUGGACCUGUGCAACCAGGUUCUGAUGUACGGCUCCGACUUGGACGCCGACCAUCCGGGCUUUAAAGACAUCGUUUACCGCAAGAGAAGAAAUUACUUUGUGGAUUUGGCUCGGAGCUACAAACACGGCGACCCGAUUCCCCGCGCGGACUACAUGUCCGAGGAGGUCCAGACCUGGGCUCGGGUGUUCCGGGAGCUCAACAAACUUUACCCCAGCCACGCCUGUAAGGAGUUCCUCAAAAACCUGCCUCUGCUGGCCAAACACUGCCACUACAAGGAGGACAACAUCCCCCAGCUGGAGGACGUCUCGCGCUUCCUCAAAGAGCGCUCGGGCUUCAGCGUCCGUCCGGUGUCGGGCUACUUGUCUCCGCGAGACUUCCUGGCAGGUUUGGCCUUUCGAGUGUUCCACUGCACUCAGUACGUCCGACACAGCUCCGACCCGUUCUACACGCCGGAACCGGACACGUGCCACGAGCUGCUGGGCCACGUCCCCCUGCUGGCCGAACCCGGCUUCGCGCAGUUCUCGCAAGAGAUCGGCCUGGCGUCGCUCGGGGCCGACGACGACGCCGUUCGCCAAUUGGCCACGUGUUACUUCUUCACGGUGGAGUUCGGACUUUGUAAGCAGGACGGAAAACUUCGGGCUUACGGGGCCGGACUGCUCUCCUCCGUCGGCGAGCUCAAGCACGCGUUGUCGGGCGAGGCGAAGAUCGCGCCGUUCGAUCCUAAGCUGACGUGCGACGAGGAAUGCGUCAUCACCGCCUUCCAAAACGUUUACUUUGUGGCUGACACCUUCGACGACGCCAAGAACAAGAUGAGGGACUUCGCCAAACGCAUCCGCCGGCCGUUCUCGCUGCGCUACAACGCGUACACGCAGAGCGUAGACGUGCUGAAGGACAGCGGCAGCAUCCGAACGCUGGUGGAAGAUCUGCGGCACGAGCUGCACAUCGUGGAGGAUGCCCUCAACAGGCUCGGCAGCGCCACCGUGUGAUGGGGCCGCGCUAUGCUAACGCUAGGCUAAAAAAAACAAAAAUGCAUUUUUCUUCUUGAAAGAAGACAACUGUUUUAGAACAAUUUUCUCGAAAAAGUACGACUUUAUUCUCUGAGGAUUCUAACAUUUUCCCUGGAAAAAAAAAAAAAAAAAAAGCAAUUUCUUUUCCCAGAAAUCUGACUUUUAUUGCCUGACGCUAUGCUAACACUGUGCUAUGUGAGGAUGCUACUUGUCGUUUGUUGUCCAAGCGUAACUCUUGUCAUGUGUUAAACGUAAACUGAAGCUGAAAUAAACAUAUAAUUAUGCAAAUGAAA